ACGUGAUCGUUUGUCUACCAGCGCCCGAGGCGUACGUUUUGCACCGACAGUGCACAAGAAGCACUGAAUCUGCACUGCAAACAGUGGAGAAGAGGACGCUGCCACGUUGAAACACCCAGAUGCUCACAGUGCGUUGGAAGAGAGUGUAACGCUCGUUAUCAGCGGCAGACAACGUUGCCAAGGGUGAGGUUAGAUAGCGCCCAACGCACGCUAUCUUUCCCACCCUUUGCGAAACACACCGGCACAAGUCAGCCGUGAGGUGAAGUCAAGGAAUAUGGAUUCGUACCUUGAAAGGUGGUCGUAAAAAUGUUCCUCAGUCACCACAAACGCACAUGGGGGCGACAUGGCGCCUGUGUCGUGCUGUCGCUUGUCUCAGUCAUGUCUGUGGUGACGGCGUAUUGGCUUCCGUUGGACUGUGCGAAAUUUGGGCAGCCAGAUGGACCUUGCAACUGCACUGUGCACGAUCGCACGCCAAACAACCAGUCGCGCAAUCAAGUAUGGAUUACGUGCGCUAACGUCACAAGCCUGGAGGAACUCGGUGGCAUCCUGGGUCCAGCCAGACAACACCGUGUCGAUAAGUUCCAGCUGGGAGUCUCCUCGCUAGGCCACCUGCCGAGCAACCUUUUCCUGGACGUGCGCGUAAGCGAGGUGCACCUGUGGGACACACCGCUGUCCAGCUUCGUGCAGGGGGACAGCGACGACGCCUUGCUCGGACUGCACGACACUCUGCGCUCUCUGGCCCUGCGACGGUGUGCGCUCAACAGCUCGCAGCCCUUUCACAGGAUGGGCCACUUGCGGGCACUGGAGAUGCUGGACCUGUCCUUCAACCAGCUGACCACAGUGCGUGCCUCGUGGUUCAAGGCGCAACUGAGUGGCAGCCUGCGCUCCCUGCUGCUCAGGGGCAAUCGCAUCAAUCGCAUUGAGAACGGUGCUUUCGCCAUGCUAUACCGCCUCUUCCAGCUGGACCUAUCACACAACAAUAUCGCAACCAUCGAGCGCUCCAUGCUGCCAGACACACUCCUUUUCCUAGACCUCAGUGACAACCGCAUAAGUGUGCUGUCUCCGCUGCUGUUUGACAAAAUGACAAGUCUGCGUCGGGUGUACCUGAAUGGAAACCGGCUCACCACUCUCGACAGGGCUGUCUGGGCGGCCGUGUGGAGCAACCCAAGGCUCGGCGUAGAGAUGCAUGGCAACCCGGUGGUGUGCGACCAGCGGCUGUGCUGGCUGGCACGGCUGGUUCCUCGCGAGUGCCACAGCAGGGACUGCCAGCGAUCGCCCGCCAACUACCGGCAGCUGGACGGUAGAUGCAACGCGCCGCCCACCAUGGCCGGCCGCCACCUGGCGCACGUGGACUGUGACUCACUUGUUUGCAACUCGGCCUGCGACACUGCACCACGCCGAGCUGGUGACGAAUACAUCGCGAAUGAGCUGAGCCCCUUCUGGUGACGAGAACAAGGAAUGUGCUUACGCAUACUCUGCUGCAAAGGCUGCCACCUCGCAAUCUGUGCACCGACUUCGUGUGGUGUUCAAUAUCAUUAUAAAGUUGAAAAUGUCAAAUUAAACGUUGAGGGAAGAACACGUACUGAAAAGGACAGAUGUAAGUUUGACCGGACGAGAACUGUCGAUUGCAAAGCGCCUUGUAUGUGAACAAUGACUCUCAAGUGUACCCUCCCCCUUCAGGGGCUCUAACUAUUCAUGCUUUUCAUUUCUUUUUUCAAUUUCUCAACAGCACCGCGCAUAGCCUGGGUCAAUCACUAUGGCACCAGAUAUCUACCCAUCGCAGUUAUAAACAUGUUGCAGGAACAUGUGUCUACAGUAAAACAUUCUGCGAACAUAUCUGUGCUAAUAUUUUCUUUAUUUUUUGUUCAGACAUCUGCGCUACCAUCAAUGAACGAACAUUAAACACUCGCUUAUUUUGAUA